AUGACCAUUUACAGAGAUCUUUUAACCAUCUACAAAGAUGAGAAAGAGAAGUUGAAGAAAUACUUCAAGGAAAGUAAACAAAGAGUCUCUCUCACAACUGAUACAUGGACCUCUCCAAACAACUUCAAUUAUAUGUAUGUGACAGUGCACUUUAUUGAUAUCCAUUGGAAUCUUGAAAAGAGGAUCAUCCAGUUUUGCUUGAUCAAGGGUCAUACUGGAGUGGAGAUUGGGAAAAUGCUUCAGAAAUGUUUGCUGGAUUGGGUGCUAGAAGAUCUUUUUGGCGUGACUUUGGACAAUGUCAAUGCAAAUAGUGUGGCAAUUGAGUAUCUUCAAACCAUUGUCAUCAAUUGGACAGGAGCAACUGUGAGAUCUCAAUCCAUGCAGGAUCAGAUCAGUUAUCAAGUUUGUUACCGGUUCUCCACUAAGUUGGCCAAAUUCAAAGAAUGUGCUGCUCUCGAGAAGAUUGAUUGUAAGAAGAUGGUUUUCCUAGAUGUGAAGACCAGGUGGAAUGCUACGUAUUUGAUGCUUGAAGCUGUCAUUCCCUGGGAAAAGGUCUUUAAGAGGUUAGAAAGAGAAGAUAGGAUAUUUCGAGAUAAGUAUAUUUUCAAAGAAUCUGAAUGUAAAGCUUUACUUAAUACUGAUGAUGAUAUUGUUGUAAUUGAUAAUGAAGAUUAUUAUCUUAGUUCAUCUAGUGAAUCUGAAUGUGAAGGAGAUGUAUCUAAAAAGAAGAACACUAAGAAAAAGAACAAGCCCCGUCAUCAUGCUCCAUAUGCUGCAGAAUGGUCAUAUGCUAGGUGUCUUGUUAAGUUUUUAAAAAUAUUCUUUGAUGUUACUGUUAAGUUCUCGGCUUCAGUUCAGGUUACUUCACAUGAAUUUCUAUGGCAGUUGGCAUUGAUACAUGAACAGUUGGUUCGUCUUAGAGCUUUAGGAAACCGAGAUCCUCAUAUUUCUACGAUGGCAGAAAUAAUGUUUAAAAAGUACAACACAUAUUGGGGGGAUUAUGAAGAUAUGAACUCUGUUCUGUAUUUUGCUAAGUUGCUUGAUCCUCGAGAGAAAGAAUCUGGUUUGAAAUUUAAUCUUGAAUGUUUGUAUGAGCAAGAUGAUUUUAGGGUUACGACUGUUUUGAAAGUUGUGAAACAAGAUAUGGGGAGACUUUAUGAUGAGUACAACAUCAUGCAUUCAAAUGACAAUGCAGAAGAAGGUACUGGCUCAACAUUUGUUGCUGGUUUGAUGACAUGGUUUUUUGUGUGCAAGAAGAGAACAUUAAGGAUAUGCUUGAGUCGAGGAAGAAAAGGCGAAGAAUGA